CGGGUAAGAGAGGUGGUGCGAACUACAUUACCCAGCAGCAGAGUGAUUGGCUUCCUGUGUGGACGUCUGGGCGAUUUUGCCAAGCAGAAGUCACUCGGAGGGGAUUAGCUAGCUCGCUAGCAGCUGAACCGUCUUUAGAUGUCGGAAUUUGCGCUAAAUGAGCGGCUUUGAACAGGGUUGACCCAUCAAGUGAGUAUUGGAGCGGAAAUCCCAGCUGUUGCCAUGGCAAUCCUGUUUGCUGUGGUGGCUCGUGGAACCACCAUCCUGGCCAAGAAUGCGUGGUGUGGUGGGAACUUCCUGGAGGUGACUGAGCAGAUCUUAGCCAAAAUCCCCUCCGAGAAUAACAAGCUGACUUACAGCCACGGCAGCUAUCUCUUCCAUUACAUCUGCCAUGACAGAAUCAUAUACCUGUGUAUCACUGAUGAUGACUUUGAGAGAUCACGUGCAUUCAGCUUCCUCAGUGAAGUCAAGAAGCGUUUCCAGACCACAUACGGGUCUCGAGCACAAACAGCGCUGCCGUACGCCAUGAACAGCGAGUUCUCCUCAGCAAUGGCAGCUCAGAUGAAACACCACUCAGACCCACGCGGAUCUGAUCGUCUGACCGAGAGUCAGUUGCAAGUGGAUGACCUGAAGGGCAUUAUGGUCCGCAACAUAGACUUGGUAGCCCAGAGAGGAGAGAGGCUGGAGCUGCUGAUUGACAAGACAGAAAAUCUGGUUGAUUCAUCGGUCACAUUCAAGACGACGAGUCGCAACCUUGCACGAGCCAUGUGUAUGAAGAACCUCAAGCUGACUCUGGUCAUCGUGCUGGUGAGCCUGGUUGUCCUUUACUGUAUUGUCUCUGCUGCCUGUGGAGGCCUCCGCUGGCAGACGUGUGUCAAAUGAGAGGAGAGUAGGGACAGAAAAAGAGGGAGAUAGAGGGGAAACAAAGGACGAGGAGGGGAAACCGCCUGUUCAACUCUGCCUGCUAAUGGACACAAAAGGAAACACAGCUUUCCUUGCUUUCCCCCUUAAGCUUCAUCAUCCGUGGAAGACACAUGCUGCUGCUCCUCCUCCUGCAUCCCCCCCACCCCCCCUUUGAGAGCGUGCACAUUGACUCACCUGCUGGAGAGGGAGUCCCACCUCUUACUCACACGUAUGGACAGCAGCCAUGUGGCCUCAAACUCAUGCGGAACAAUAAUCUUGUCUUAUUCUUGUCUGGUAUGUUCAUCCUGUCUUAUGCACUUAGUGGCCUCAUGUAUCAGUCUGUGAUACUGUCCUGCACCGAUCUAUGUCCUUUAAUCCAUUGAGACUAAUGCCAGAAUCACAACAAACAACAAAGAUAGCAGAGAUUACUUGGUUAUUUCCCUUUGUUUAAUUUGAUGACAAUGAGAGACGUGGGACGUGAAAGUAGCAAGUUACAUUACAGUGUCCGGUCAUAUAACUGAAAACUAUUUUUUGUUUGUUUGACAAACCUGAUGCCGUAUACAGAGAUCCUGAUUUACAUGUUUUAAGUACCAAGCACAGUAGUAUCUUCUAAAUGUCUGUACAAAACCAGAUAUGAUCAUACAAAUAAACAUUUUACAUUUGAUUCA